CGCUGGUCCCAUCCCAUUGGGACCGUCGCUGCCACCCAGCCAGAGAGCUAGCAUCUUGGCAAGGGCUGGGCCUGGAGUGAAGCUGGAAGGGCUAGCAUGGAGAGUCUGUCACCUGGGGGACCACCUGGCCAUCCUUACCAGCAGGAGGCCUCUGCCUGCUGGCAGCUCACCGUGAGGGUCCUGGAGGCGCGGAACCUGCGCAGGGCCGACCUGUUGAGUGAGGCCGACCCUUACGUGAUCCUACAGCUGUCGACCGUGCCUGGAAUGAAGUUUAAGACCAAGACGCUCACCGACACCAGUCAUCCUGUGUGGAAUGAGGCCUUCCAUUUCCUUAUCCAAAGUCAGGUCAAGAAUGUUCUGGAACUUAGCAUCUAUGAUGAGGACUCAGUCACGGAGGAUGACAUCUGCUUCAAGGUUCUCUAUGAUAUCUCAGAAGUCCUCCCUGGCAAGCUGCUCCGGAAAACCUUCUCCCAGAGUCCCCAGGGCGAGGAGGAGCUGGAUGUGGAGUUCCUGAUGGAAGAAACGUCGGAUCGCCCAGAAAACCUCAUCACCAACAAAGUCCUUGUGGCCCGAGAACUGUCAUGCCUGGAUGUGCAUCUGGACAGCACAGGUAGCACCGCUGUGGUUGCAGAUCAGGACAAGUUGGAGCUGGAGCUGGAGUUGAAGGGGUCCUAUGAGGACACACAGACAUCCUCCCUGGGCACAGCCUCUGCCUUCCGCUUCCACUACAUGGCAGCCCUAGAGACAGAGCUGAGUGGGCGCCUGAGGAGCUCCACAAGCAAUGUCUGGAAUGGGGACAACUCAGCUUGGCACCUCACGGUGCCCCUGAGGCCCUUGAUCGAGAAGGAGGUGACCAUGGAUGUGCCUGCUCAAGAUGUCCCAGGAGUGAGGCUGCAGCUCAAGGCAGAGGGCUGCUCCAAGGAGCUGGCCGUGCACCUGGGCUUCAAUCUGUGUGCAGAGGAGCAGGCCUUCCUUAGCAGGAGGAAGCAGGUGGUGGCCAAGGCCCUGAAGCAGGCCCUGCAGCUGGACGGAGACCUGCAGGAGGAUGAGGUACCCAUCGUGGGCAUCAUGGCCACAGGAGGAGGUGCCCGGGCCAUGACCUCGCUCUAUGGCCACCUAUUGGCCCUGCAGAAGCUGGGCCUGCUGGACUGUGUGACCUACUUCAGUGGCAUCUCUGGCUCUACGUGGACAAUGGCCCACCUGUACGGGGACCCUGAGUGGUCACAGAGGGACCUGGAGGGACCUAUCCGAUACGCCCGGGAGCACCUGGCCAAGAGCAAGCUGGAGGUCUUUUCCCCAGAGCGCCUGGCGAGUUUCCGCCGGGAGCUGGAGCUGCGGGCUGACCAGGGCCACCCCACAUCCUUUGUGGACCUGUGGGCGCUAGUGCUGGAGUCCAUGCUGCACGGCCAGGUGAUGGAUCAGAAGCUGUCAGGACAGAGAGCCGCCCUGGAACGGGGUCAGAACCCUCUGCCCCUCUACUUGAGCCUCAAUGUCAAAGAGAACAAUCUGGAGACGCUGGACUUCAAGGAGUGGGUUGAGUUCUCCCCCUAUGAGGUCGGGUUCCUGAAGUACGGAGCCUUCGUCCCUCCUGAGCUCUUUGGCUCCAAGUUCUUCAUGGGACGGCUGAUGAGGAGGAUCCCGGAGCCCCGGAUCUGCUUUCUGGAAGCCAUCUGGAGCAAUGUUUUCUCCCUGAACCUGCUGGAUGCCUGGUAUGACCUCACCAGCUCUGGGGAGUCCUGGAAACAGCACAUCAAGGACAAGACCAGGAGCUUAGAGAAGGAGCCCCUGACCUCCUUGGAGACCUCCUCGUGCCUGGAGGCCUCGUGGCUGCAGCCGGGCACGGCGCUGGCCCAGGCAUUUAAAGGCUUCCUGACCGGCAGGCCCCUCCACCAGUGCAGCCCCAACUUCCUCCAGGGCCUCCAGCUACACCAGGACUACUGCAGCCACAAAGGCUUCUCCACCUGGGCAGACUGCCAGCUUGACUCCAUGCCCAGCCAGCUGACUCCCCAGGAGCCCCAGCUCUGCCUGGUGGAUGCUGGCUACUUCAUCAACACCAGCUGUCCCUCCAUGUUCCGGCCAGGCCGCAGGCUGGACCUCAUCCUCUCCUUCGACUACUCUCUAUCUGCGCCCUUUGAGGCGCUGCAGCAGACAGAGCUGUACUGCCGGGCCCGGGGGCUGCCCUUCCCCCGGGUGGAACCCAGCCCUCAGGACCACCAGCAGCCAAGGGAGUGCCACCUCUUCUCAGACCCCGCCUGCCCCGAGGCCCCGAUCCUGCUGCAUUUCCCGCUGGUCAAUGCCUCCUUCAAGGACCACUCAGCCCCCGGUGUCCAGCGCAGCCCCGCAGAGCUCCAGGCUGGCCAAGUGAAUCUCACCGGGGCUACCUCCCCCUACGCCCUGUCCAACAUGACCUACAAGGAGGAAGACUUCGAGCGCCUGCUACGGCUCAGCAACUACAAUGUGCAGACCAGCCAGGGUGCCAUCCUGCAGGCCCUGAAGACCGCACUGAAGCACCGGGCCCUAGAGGCGAGGCCUCCAGGGGCACAGACCUGAGGUUGCUCAGAGCCCCCAGGACCCUGAGGGCCACAAUCUGACCCUCCAGGGCCUGCGGGCAUAACCUGAUCUGCAGCUGGGCUCAGCCACAGGCCUUCCCGGCUGGAGUUCCGGGCGCUCCCAGGCCUGGGUGGCCUCUGCAGCUGGUCUCACUGCCCAGAGGGAACUGCAUCCCGUGCAGAGUUCUCCCUUACGUUCAUGGCUGGCUUGAGAGGAGUUGAAAAUAACUUCGCCAGGCCAGUGUGUGGAACAGCUGGUCCAACCAGGCAGACUUUUACACCACAAUUACUUCCAUGCCUGAGCAGAAUAGAUUUGAGGUGCAAGCCGGAGGCGGGAGAUCAGGAGUAGGGAGAGGAAGGACAGGGGAUGCCUGACCUGACAGGCGGCUUCAGGCCUCAGGAAUCACAAGACAUCCUGAACACAUUGCCUCCCCGUCUUCUUCUGCUCCUCCUCCUCUCCUCGUCCUUCUCCUCUUUCUCCUCCUGCUUUCAGUAUGCAAGUCUUGUACUUAUUUAAAUUUAUUCCUAAAUAUUUUAUUCUUGUUUAUAAGUGGAGUUAUUUUCUUAAUUUCAUUUUAGAUUAUUCAUUGCUAUUUUGUAGAAAUACAAUGGAUUUUUAAAUGUUGAUCUUGUAUUCCACAAUCUUGCUGAAGUUGUUUACCGGCUCUAAUACUUUUGCAGAUUUCUUAGAAUUUUCUGUAGACAGAUCAUGCCAUCUUCAAAUAGAGAUGGUUUUGCUUCUUCCUUUCUGAUCCGAAUGCCUUUUAUAUAUUUUUCCCAAUUGCCCUGACCAGUACAAUGAUGAAUACACGUUUCAAGAGCAGACAUCUUGUCUUGUUCCUGACAUUGAGAGGAGAGCAUACGUCUCUCACCAUUUAGUGUGAUUUUAACUGUGGGUUUUUCUUAGACUUCCUUUAUCAGGUUGAGAAAGUUCUCUUUUAUUUCUAGUUUAUUGAGUGUUUUAUGAUGAAGGGGUGUUAGGUUUUGUCAACUGAUUUUUCUGUGUCUAUGGGCAUGAUCAUGUGGUUUUGUCCUGUAUUUUAUUAAUGUA